AUGAGGGACCUGUUUCGAGAUUCUAUGUAUGGGAAUAUUGUUAGGUUUGUGACGCGAGGGAGGGUUUUCGCUUUUGAUGAAAAGACAGAUGCAGCGUUGUGGGAGAGGUUUAUUGAUAGGGAAAAGUCAGCCCGCAUGGUACGCUGACUUGACAAAAUAUUAGGUUACUUAUUGGAGAACCCAUCACUUACGCCAUUUUAUAGGCACACCACGGCAAUUUGGAGAGGAUGAAAAGGGUGUGAAGGAUGGUACGAACAGCAUUGCUAGCGACGAAACCUAUGAUUACGAAGGUCAGAGAUCACCAAGAAAAGCAAGAAGAAGCUAUUCAGAGAAUGAUCGAUAUAUCCCUCACGCUAGAACUUGGAAGGACGAGCAUCAAAGAAACGCAGCCACUGGUGUACCUGUUGAUCCUGACAAGGGAGAAGAUGUUUCCGUCAUUACGUGGUAUGGAAAAGAUGAUCCUGAUGUAAGUAUGGUAUAUUCAAAUGAUUCCCCAUCGCUUAUAAAUUUCAGAAUCCCUUAAACUAGUCUACAGCAAAGAAGGCUUUUAUAACUUUUCUGAUUUGUCUUCUUACGUUCACUGUCAAUCUUGGAAGCGGCAUCUUCACUUCUGGUAGUGUGCAGUAUGCAACUCACUUCGGCGUUAGCCAACUCGAGGCAACCCUUGCUUUGUGUGUAUACACAGCUGGUGAUGUUAUUGGAACUAUGGUAAGUCCAACUAUUCUACUUGUUUCUAGAGACAGGCAACCCUGCCCUCCUAGAGCCUUCCCCAAAUCAAAGCACUAAAAUAAGGUCUGGUCGCCAUUUAGUGAAAAUUGCCAUAUUGGUCGAACUCUGGUCUAUGCUUGGACGUGGAUUUUCUUUGUGUUCUUACAAUUUGGUGUUGUCUACGCCAAAAACUUUGGAAUGCUCAUCGCCUUCUGUGCUCUUACAGGCUUCUUCGGGUCUCCUGUUCUAGCCACAGGAGGUGCAUCCUUGGGGAAUAUAUAUUGUUCCUCUAAACGAGUGUAUGCCGCUACUAUCUGGGUACUAGUAUCUUUUUGUGCCCCAGUGAUGGGUCCAGUGGUUGGAGGCUACGCUGCACAAUAUAAAGGCUGGCAAUGUAAGCAUUCGAUUCAUUCUCUCUCGCAGCCUUUCGCGUGAAUUUGCCGGAAAAUUGCGAUGGAUUACAAAGAGGCUUAGAAAAAGCAGGAAAUCCAAUUCCUGAUUCUUUUAAGUGCUUUCUCCAUGGUUUGGCUGUCCCACUUCUAUUUCUUUUUUGAAUCCUGCCACUGGCUGAAUAUCAUCCUCGCUUCCUUCACGAAUACGUUCUACCACGUAGUGCUGACAUAUCAAAGGGACCAUCUAUGAAUUGCUCUGGAUUUCUGGGUUUGCUCUCAUCUUGCUAUUUCUCAUGCUCCCCGAAACCUCGGAAGCCGCUAUCCUUUACAGACGCUCGCGGCGUCUCCGGGAACUUACCGGAAGAAGCGACAUCAAAUGCGCCGCGGAGAUUGAAUACGAUAGAAAGACAAAAGAAAAGCUUGUCAUGGAGUGUCUUGUACGUCCUUUUAGUCUUACGUUCAAAGAGCUAAUACUCUUCGUACUUAACCUAUACCUUGCCCUUAUAUAUGGGCUUUUGUUUAUCUGGUUUGAAAGCUUUUCUAUCGUUUUUGGAGAGGUAUACGGGUUCAAGCUUGGUGCAGAGGUUAGCAAUCCUUCGCGCUUUUCUAUUCUCCAAAUCUGGGGUUUGGGUAGUUGAAAUCCAACCUUGGCCGAAUUUAUGGGUCCUUUUAUAAGAAGAUGUGCUGACAUUUGGUAAGGGUCUUUCAUUUUUGGGUAUCGUCGUUGGUGCUUUAUUCGUCGUUUCCCCACUCCUCCUAUUCCAGUACUAUACCCCAAAUACCCAGCUUAACGAAAACAGCGGGCUGAAACCUGAAUUGCAUCUUCCGCCAGCUAUAGUUGGCGCAUUCUGUGUCCCUAUCUGUCUAUUCUGGUUCGGCUGUUAGGUGGAACAUCCUUUCUUCCCCCAGCCCCUCAUUACACCGCUGCCUCUUCUGUACAAGAUCCCAUUGCUUAUACAAACACAGGACAUCACGGCCCCAAAUCCACUGGAUCGUCCCUAUAGUCGGCUCCAGUUUCUUCGCUAUAGGCGCCAUGCUCCUCCAAUGCAGCGUUGUUGGAUACAUUGGAGACGCGUAUCCCCGCUACGCCGCGAGUGCUUUAGCAGGAAACAAUUUCUGGAGAGCUCUUUUUGGGGCUGGGUUUCCGAUGUUUGCCACCGCUAUGUAUAGAAAGUUGGGGGUCGCUGGGGCGAGCAGUCUUUUAGACGCAUUAAGUGUUCUUUUUGUUCCAGUUCCGUUUUUCCUUUAUUCCUAUGAGGCGAGGAUUAGGAAGGCUAGUAAGACGGCGAGACAUGAUUUGUAG